UUUGUUAAAUCAUUGUUCAAACAGAAUAAUGCUAUAUAUUCUUAGUGCGUUCAGUAUUGUGACGUUUGGUUUAUGUGCAGCGGAAGAACUGACGCUUCCUGUGAUCUCAUGCAAGUGAAAUUCAACUGACUAUUCUACCUGCUUAAAAUAAGCAGUCCAAGAAACAUGGCCACGAUUUCUUAAAGGACUUCCAGAAUUCGACUUUCGAAGAGGCAUGGAAUUUGUUGCAAAGAAAUCAGAAAGGGAAAGUUACGCAUCAAAAACACAUGCAGUCCAAGAAGCAUGGCCACAAUUUCUUAAAGGGCUACCAGAAUUCGACUUUCCAAGAUUAGAUCCAUUAUUUUAUGAACAUGGACGAAUUUUGUAUGACAAAGACGACGUACAUGUAGAAGUAUUUGCUUCAAAUGUUAGUACCAUCGGUUUGUCAAAUAUUCGUUUCAUGGAUGUAAGAUCGUACAUUUUCAAUAAUAGCAUUCGUUUGGAAAUUGAUGGACAAGUAUCGAAAAUGUUAUUUAAAGGUUAUGUAAAAACACGAGGAAGUCUAAGCAUACUCAAAAUAGACGGAAAUGGAUACUUCAAUAUAAUUGCAAACGAUGUCAGAAUGACAUGGAUUAUAAACGGACAUGUGGUAAAUGAUACAUUGAUUAUAGAUUGUUUCCACACCGCACCUUCAGUUGCAAAAGUACAACUUGCCUUACACGACUUUUUCGAUGGCAAUAAAGAGUUUAGUGAUCUUGUUGUGUCAUUUGUAAACGAAUACUGGCUGCCAUUAUAUCGAAUAGCAUUGCCACCAACAGCUGAUGUUUGGGACAUAUUUUUAACUAAUAUAACUAAUCGCCUCUUUUCGAAAGUUUCCUUUUCAAAAGUAUUUCCACAAAAUUAAUAUAUUUAUUAUAUAUGUCAAAAUAUAGUAUCAAACCUUUGUAGAAUAAAAAAUAUAUUUAGUAUUUGUAAGUAUAAAAGGUUCAUGAAAUGUAUUUCUGAAAUCUUAGCGUAAA